CAGCCUGAUGCGACCAGCCAUUGAUCCCACGAACCCGACGCGCAAAUUGACCAAUAUUACUAUCACGGCUCUACCCCUUCGGUCGGGCUCUGUAUUGUUUCCACGGAUUAGCGCGUUAUGUCUGCGUUCUACUCCGACUCUUCAGAGGCUUCGAACCCACCCGCACCGCCGGACAACGAACUCGAGAACAGCCUACGAUGCGAGGUGGUAAAGGCGCAGAGAGCUGGAAUAGAGCUCUCGAACAACUCCAUUCGCGCCGCUUCCGAAGCGAGAUUGGGAUUGACAAAAGGGUUCUACAAAAAUGACGAGGAAUGGGCACAGCGAAGUAGAGGCAUAAUAGCCGACCAGCUGACAAUCCUGCAGGACAUAGCAAGCUCUCCCGUGAAAGCCAAGCCCGAAGAGCCGAAGAAGACGUCCGCGAAGCGCAAGUCCUCACAGAAAGAGUCCCCGCAGAGGAAGAGAGCAAAGGUCGCAGACUCUGAACCAGGAGACGAGCAGGAGGAGAAAAAUGGUGCUGCCGCAGAAGAAUCCUCCGAUGAGAGAGAAACCACCGCGGCCAUUAAGGCCGAAGACGGGUCGGACAGCGACAUGUCGGUUCUCUUGGACGAAGCGCCUCCGGAGAAGAAGAGUAGGAGGCGCAAUGACUCCGCGGCACAAAGGCCCAAGAAGUCUGCCAGCAAAUCCACCACAAAACCCAAAGCCGAUGCCGAGAUCGACCCCAAGCAGGCCGAAAUCAAGCGUCUGCAAGGCUGGCUCGUGAAAUGCGGCAUCCGCAAGCUGUGGAGCAAAGAGUUGAAGCCCUACCCUACCCCCAGAGCCCAAAUUCAGCAUUUGAAAAAGAUGCUGGCCGACGUCGGCAUGACUGGGAGGUUCUCGCGGGAAAGGGCAAAUCAGAUCAAGGAGGCCAGAGAGCUGGCCGCUGACAUCGAGGCCGUCCAGCAAGGAGCAGAGCGCUGGGGUGCUCUGAAAGAUGACGACGGUGCACGAGCCGAGAAAGAAACAAAUAGCCCGCGGCCCGCGGCAAGGAGGUUGGUCCGAGGAGCGAAGAAUUAUGAUUUUUUGAGCAGCGAUGGUGAGGAGACAGAUUGAAGCUGUUUCGGGCCCGAAUCUCCCUACGCCGGACCUUUUGCUAUUGGGCACUGACGUGAAAGGUUGUUGCUUUUAUUUGAUAGUUUUGUUGCCGCUCAUACGCUGUGCAACGAGACUGAAGACGGCCACGGACGAAAUGAACAGGACCAGGUUGUAAAACUAAAUCAAGCUAGUUAGAACUA